GUGGAUACUCUAAAGCAGGUAAUGAAGGGUGGGGAACUUUUCUUCACCCUACUGGGCUUAACAAUUGGUGCUUUGGUGUACUUCUAUGCACCCUACUGGCGUGUGAGAAAGGUACCUGGUCCUCCCACCACUCCACUCGUAGGUCACCUACCCUUGCUUGCAAAGCAUGGUCCUGAUGUCUUCAGUCUCCUUGCCAAACGCUAUGGGCCCAUCUUUAGGUUUCAAAUGGGUAGGCAGCCGUUGGUGAUAAUAGCAGACCCAGAACUGUGUAGGGAAGCUGGGAUAAAGAAAUUCAAAGAUUUGAGCAACCGAAGCAUGCCUUCUCCCAUCUCAGGCUCCCCUCUUCAUCAAAAGGGACUUUUCUUCUCCAGGGAUGCAAGGUGGUCUACCAUGCGAAACACAAUAAUAUCUGUGUACCAACCAUCUCACCUCUCCAACUUGGUUCCCACCAUGCAAUCACUCAUCAACUCAGCAACUACUCUUAACCUCCCAACCUUUGAAGAAGAAGAAGAAGAAGUAGACAUUGAUUUCUCUACUCUUUUCCUUAGGCUAUCCACUGAUAUCAUUGGAAAAGCUGCAUUUGGAUUUGACUUUGGCCUCUCUACUGAUGAUCAUGGAUAUAGCAACAAAGAUGAUGAAGUAUCAGAUUUUAUCAAGCAACACAUCUACUCAACCACAGCUCUCAGAAUGGAUCUCUCAGGUUCAUUUUCGACGAUUUUGGGAUUAAUAGCUCCUAUCCUCCAAGAACCUUGCAUGCAAAUCCUGAAGAGGAUACCAGGAACUACUGACUGGAAAAUUGAUCAAACAAACCAGAGAUUAACUAAACGUCUUGAUGAAAUAGUAGCAAAGAGAAUGAAGGAAAAAGACCGAAAAUUAUCCAAGGAUUUCUUAACACUUGUAUUAAACUCUAGGGAUUCAGAUACUGUUUCAAAGAAUGUCUUCAGCUAUGACUACAUAAGUGCACUCACUUAUGAACACUUGCUUGCUGGUUCAGCAACUACAUCUUUUACUCUCUCUUCAAUCCUUUAUCUUGUUGCUGAACAUCCAGAAGUUGAGAAGAAGUUGCUCCAUGAGAUUGAUAGCUUUGGGCCAUGUGAUCUGUUGCCAACAGCUCAUGAUCUUCAGUGCAAGUUUCAGUAUCUUGAACAAGUGAUAAAAGAGGCAAUGAGGUUUUAUACCGUGUCCCCAUUGGUUGCCAGAGAAACAUCCAAACAAACAGAGAUAGGAGGCUCCCUCCUCCCUAAGGGUACAUGGGUCUGGUUAGCACUUGGGGUGCUAGCUAAAGACCCUAAGCAAUUCCCUGAACCAGAGAAAUUCCAGCCAGAGCGGUUCGAUCCUACUUGUGAAGAAGAAAAACAACGGCAUCCCUACGCAAAUAUCCCGUUCGGAAUUGGGCCUCGAGCAUGCAUUGGACAGAAAUUCUCAAUCCAAGAGAUAAAGCUAGUCUUGAUUCAUCUCUACGGAAGAUACAUUUUCCGACAUUCACCCAAAAUGGAGAAACCAUUGGCUAUCGACUAUGGAAUGAUUCUGAGUUUCAAGCAUGGUGUUAAGCUGAGAGUAAUUAAACGAGCUGAAAGAUGGUAAUUGGUAUAUAUAUUUAGUAAGU